CACCAAAACUCCUAACGCCUCUAAUUAUGGAGGGGGGUGGUGUUGUCGGACAAACGGCUGGUCGUGGAAGUUCUCUUCCAGAGGCCGCAUCUCCAAAAAGUAAUAGAUUGCUGGACUCGCCCAUACUUGUGGCCUGAAGCCUGAAAGGCCGCCCGCAGAGAGGGGGUUCGGCAGGUUGCUGUGGGAGAGCCUCUCCUCUAAUAAUGACUGAGACCCCCCAUUGUUUUGUGGGCCGCGUGGGUGGCUGUUGACGCCAGCCAGCGAUCACAAUUUUGCUGCCUCCACACUCUUCCGUUGACAAGCGGCCGCUCCUCUGCCUCUCUCAUUCUCUCUUUCCUCGUCAGGGGAGAUCGCGCCAGGACUGUUGCCUUUUUGCAGCGUUUUUACAUUGACACAUCUUCGCGGAUGCGAGCUUUAUAAUCCGACUCAAUUUUUGUUUCCUUGCCUUGCUCUUCUUCGUCGUCCCUUCCCCCCUCCCUCUCUAUUUUCUGCAACUUCUUCAGCAGAAGUUGGCGCUUCUUCUUUGGCGAUAAGACUGUUCCGGUCCAUCUGUUGACUGCAGAUCUGCGAGGCAAUGGAUGGACGGAAAGAUGGGAGAUCGCUAAUGCUUUUAUUUGGUUGCGUUCAUUACGUUUUGCUGUGUUGAUUCAGGCUUUGUGCUAUCCUGGACGCAGCCGUCUGCCUGUCCGUCUUGCACUUUAUUAGGUUGGCAUUCCUGCAAAACCUCCAAAAGGCUCGGAGAGGAGGAGGAGAAGGAGGAGAGGAGAUAGACAGCAUCGAAGGCGCAAGCCUCCCGCGAUCCAGGCGGCUUUCUAUUGAAAGUUGAAAUUCCGGAAUGUCGAUGCUGAAACUGAGCAGCGUGGAUUUAACUACUUGUUUUGCUCCCCUAUGCGAAUGGCAUCCCUUAGGAUAACAGCUCUCCAAGGGCUUGGCGUCCCCACCCGCCUUUUUCUUUCCGUAGGUCUGAGCAGGGGAACUUUAAAAAUUCAAGUGUCCCCGUGGACGGGGCUUUAGCUAAUUUGUCGUUUUGCGUAUUGGAUGUUCGGUGCACUGACCGCUAUUGCUGCAUUCUCGAAAUUGCUGGCUGAUUAUGUUAGACAAGGGUAUUACAUUAUCUAGUUUCAGAGCAUCCAUGCACAACCUGGAUAUGGGCUGCUGUGGUUGCCUAAGUUUCUUGAGGAAGCCGAGGAAGUCGCCCAAACGGUUGAAUGCUUCUAGUCGUGGUAGCCACUUAGACGUCGACUUGUUAUUGAAGGAUCACUUGGAUGAUGCAGAUGGUGGCACCUAUUAUGGUGAGAGAAAUGAAACGCGUGCUGGCACAUGUGCGUCACAUACAAGUUCUGAGAGAGUGGCACGUCAAUUUAGAGGUUACACUGGAGCUAUCUGUCGGGAGACUCCCGUAAAAGAGACCCAUCAUGUCAAUCGAUCAGAGGAUGAACAUGGUAACAAAAUGAUCAAUGAAUAUGUUCGGCAGCACAAGAUCGGUGCAGGAAGUUAUGCCAAAGUGGUGCUAUACAGAAGCAGUAAAGAUGGGAAGAACUAUGCAAUCAAGGCUUUUCACAAGUCCCACUUGUCCAAGCUUAGAGUAGCACCUUCGGAAACUGCUAUGAGUGAUGUUCUUAGGGAGGUUUCAAUCAUGAAAAUGUUGGAACAUCCCAAUAUAGUCAAUCUCAUUGAAAUUAUUGAUGAUCCAAAUACCGAUCGUUUCUACAUGGUCCUAGAAUAUGUUGAAGGAAAAUGGGUAUGUGAGGACUCAGGUCCACCAGGUGGUUUAGGAGAAAGCACAGCUAGAAGGUAUUUGCGGGACAUAGUUGCUGGUUUGAUAUAUCUUCAUGCCCAUAAUGUUAUUCAUGGGGACAUCAAACCAGAUAACCUUUUGGUAACGAAUACUGGCAAGGUGAAGAUCGGUGAUUUCAGCGUUAGCCAGGUGUUUGAGGAUGAAAAUGACGAGCUCCGGAGAUCACCUGGGACACCAGUCUUCACUGCACCUGAAUGCUGUCUAGGCUUAACUUAUCAUGGCAAGGCUGCAGAUACAUGGGCAGUGGGGGUUACUUUGCACUGUAUGGUUCUUGGUUGUUAUCCAUUUCUUGGGGAAACUCUCCAGGACACUUACGACAAGAUUGUGAAUUUCCCGCUAACAAUGCCGCAAGACAUGGACCAAGACCUAAAAGACUUGCUUGAAAGGCUACUGUGCAAAGAUCCUAGAUUGAGGAUUACGUUGAAAGAGAUAGCUGAGCAUCCGUGGGUUGUUAGAGAAGACGGUCCUAUUCCUGGCUACACUUGUAGGUGCAAGCGGAUGUGCGCAGUGGCCAAAUGUGUCUCUACGGCUGAAGAUUCUACUUAGUUGUGACCAAAUGCUUUGUAUGUCUUAUGUACAAUUUGGUAUGUGGUCGGACACUAUGCGUAUAAGACCCGGAACAGAAAAUGAUGAAUUAUUAACAUGCUGUUUUCCCAA